AUGGCGAGGUCGUGGGUACGAGCGAUGGCGAUGACGAUGGCGAUGGCGGCGAUGAUGGCGACAGCUGAAGGAAGGAGAGGAAGAGAAGAAGUCGAGAACGCUCGGAUGGAUGAGGAAGCCUCGACAUCUCAGUGGAAGUUGAAGGGCAUGAUCGCUGACGCCCUCCCGUCUCUCCUUUCCUUCGCCUCAUCACCCCCUGAUGUAUUGAGGAAUAUUCUCUCCUCCUCCUCCUCCUCUUCCAAAAGUUAUCCUGCUGUGAAGCAAGACCCAAUACCUCAAACUUACUGGUGGUGCGAGAUGCAUCAUGCGCCGCAGAACAUCCAGACGUCCUCACAGGCCGUCAACCUCGCCUCCUCCCUCGCGUCCGUCUCUCCUCCCUCCUUCUCCUCCAAGCAAGGUCUCGUUCCGGUCGGGGAGGCGACGGCACAGGAUCUGCGCACCAAGAUCAUCGAGGUGAAGGGGCCGGCGAGAGUGCGAGCAGCAGGCGAUCCUCUUCCUCCCCAGACGUUCUGGUGUGAGAUGCACACGGGAGCCCAGGUCGAGCUGGGGGCAGCAGCAGGAGCUACAAGAGGCGAGCUGCAAGGCAUGAGCAAGGAACAGCUCAUAGACGCGCUUCUGGCAUCGCAACAGUCUCUGAAAACUUACAAGGAGAAGGCACUGACAGCCUCUGGACCUGCGCGCGAUCACUCGCCUCGUCGCCUCCUCCUCUCGCUCACCAGCUCCUCUUCCUCUCCCGUCAGCGGCGGCAGGCGUCGCUCCUUCAAGGGAGGGGACGUUACGUGCGGCUCAUCCGACAGCAGCACGCUCCUCGUCUUGGUCGUUCGCUUCCUCGACAUGACGCUGCGGGUCUUGGGCGUGGGAGGAUGCGGGCGGGCGAGCGAGCUGGGAAAAACUCGUGCCGCGGGGCCGUCGGGCUUCUGCAAGGAGCCAGCUGGGGGCUCGUACUGCUUCAAGCGCACCCG